CACCAACAACGCCGUCGAUCGUCACACAAGUGCCGAAGACAAACGAACCAGCCGACUGAACAACUUUCGUAAAGAGAGUUAAGGUCUUAGUUUGAGGUUGCCAAGGUCAAUCGUAACCACCAUGCCGCCGGCCAUGCAAGUAGCGGAAGGGGCCGGGCUGAGAAGCAACGGGCCCCGGAUCCUGAUGAACGCGGCCCAGCGUGCCCUCAGCCGUGGCGCGUCGUCGUCGUUGGGGAGCCCCAGGUCGCCUCCGCCCUCCUACGGGAGCAUCGUUACAGUGCUCAGCAUCGACGGCGGUGGCGUGCGCGGGAUCAUCCCCGGCACCAUCCUCGCCUUCCUCGAGGAGAAGCUCCAGGAGCUCGACGGGCCCGAGGCGAGGAUCUCGGACUACUUCGACGUGAUCGCCGGGACGAGCACCGGCGGGCUGGUGACGGCCAUGCUCAGCGCGCCCGACGACGCGGGCCGUCCGCUCUUCGCCGCCAAGGACAUCAACAAGUUCUACCUCGACCACUGCCCGAGUAUCUUCCCUCAAGCCAGCAAAGGGCCCUUCAGCUUGAUGAGGAGCAUGAUGGGACCCAAGUACAACGGCGAGUACCUCCACUCCGUCGUCAAGGAGCUGCUCGGCGACACGCGGGUCGGCGACACGCUCAACAACGUCGUCAUCCCAACCUUCGACAUCAAACUCCUGCAGCCCACAAUCUUCUCCACUUACAACGUAUGUGAUGUGAUAAAUCGAAAAAACGCUCUUCUAUCGGACGUCUGCAUCAGCACGUCCGCUGCGCCGACCUACCUCCCCGGCCACCACUUCCGGACAGAGCAAGAGGAUGGCAAAGUCCGGGAAUUCAACCUCAUCGACGGUGGCGUUGCUGCAAACAAUCCGACCUUGCUGGCAAUGACGGACGUAAGCAAGCAGAUCCUGAUGGGAAACCCAGACUUCUUCCCCAUCAAGCCCGCGGACUACGGCAAGUUCAUGAUCCUUUCGCUGGGCACCGGUACCGCCAAGAUCGAAGAGAAGUUCGACGCUGCCGAAUGCAGCAAGUGGGGCCUUCUUGGGUGGCUCUACAACAGGGGCGCCACGCCCAUCAUCGAUAGCUUCAGCCAGGCCAGUGCUGACCUUGUGGACAUCCACGCCUCUGUGCUCUUUCAGGCGCUUCACUGCGAGAAGCGCUACCUCCGGAUCCAAGACGACGAGCUCAAGGGUGAGACGGCCUCCGUCGACGUGUCAACGCCGGAGAACCUCAACCGGCUCGUCGACGUUGGCAAGGCACUGCUCAAGAGGCAGGUGUGCAAAGUGAACGCUGAGACGGGGAAGAAUGAGCCCGACCAACAUAGGGGCACGAAUGAGGAGGAGUUGGUCAAUUUCGCACGCAUGUUGUCGGAGGAGCGCAAAGCCAGACUUCGGAAGGAGGGCGAUGUUGAACUCUAGAGACUUGGGGCAUUCCUUACUAUUCGAAUUUGAUGAGACUGACGAGCACUACCUAUAUUAUUUGUAUAGAUAGAUAUAUUUGUGUACAUAUUAAUUUGUUGAUAGUCAUUUAUAUCUGUUUAUUCAUGUAGAUAUUCAUUGUUUGUCCAAUAUUCCCUCUAUAAACCACUGCGUAUAUGGCAUGGAUGUCCCAA